GCCCCCCUUAAAGCACUUUACCUCACAGCAGACCAGAGCUAAGAAAAGUGCACCUUCCUCUGUUUUGCUCCCCUGUUUAGGCCUCAUCACAAUGGCACAAAAGGAACUUUCCAUUGUUUUUCUGACUCUCAUUCUUCUCUUUGUUGACAUGAACAUGCAAGGUGUUACUGCUGACUAUGGUGGUUGGGAGAGUGCUCAUGCCACUUUCUAUGGUGGGGGUGAUGCUUCUGGCACAAUGGGUGGAGCAUGUGGUUAUGGAAAUUUGUAUAGCCAGGGUUAUGGAACUGACACUGUGGCUCUAAGCACUGCUUUGUUCAACAAUGGCUUAAGCUGUGGGUCAUGCUAUGAAAUGAGAUGUGAUGAUGAUCCAAGAUGGUGCAAACCUGGAUCAAUUACUGUCACUGCUACUAACUUCUGUCCACCAAACCCAUCUUUGCCUAACAACAAUGGUGGUUGGUGCAACCCUCCUUUGCAACACUUUGAUAUGGCUGAACCUGCCUUCCUUCAAAUUGCUGAAUACAGAGCUGGAAUUGUGCCUGUGGCCUUUAGAAGGGUUCCUUGUGUGAAAAAGGGAGGAAUAAGGUUCACCAUCAAUGGCCACUCUUACUUCAACCUAGUUUUGAUCACCAAUGUGGCUGGUGCUGGUGAUGUGCGUGCAGUGUCCAUCAAAGGGUCCAGAACUGGGUGGCAACCCAUGUCAAGAAACUGGGGCCAAAACUGGCAAAGCAACUCCUACCUCAAUGGACAAGCCCUCUCUUUUCAAGUCACCACCAGUGAUGGCAGAACUAUCACAAGCAACAAUGUGGCACCAUCCAAUUGGCAAUUUGGCCAAACCUUCCAAGGUGGCCAAUUCUAAGAGAAAUUAUCAGAAAAUCCUUGAUCAUGUGGUCUUUAACUAUUUCAUACAUGACAUGUAAUCAAGUGUCUUAAAUUUUUUCUCCUAAGUUGAAAAACUUAAAUACAUGUCAUGUAGAGAUUGGUUGAGACCAUCAACACCCUGCAGGAUUACUUAAUAAUUUCUUGAAUUCUGUCUCCAAUUCUAGACAUUAUUUGCAAUGGAAGUAGAAGAUAGUGAAGAUGUUUGUAUACCUAUUAUUAAUCACCUGAUUGGAAGAAAAAGAAGAACCAUAAAGUGUCAUAAUAGGUGUAUUGAUGAUUCUUGUAACUGUGAUUCUGUAAGGCCAGUGUUUUAUUUUAUUGGUCUAGAAAGUAGCUGAGGUGUUUAUAUGGCACCCGCUGGUCACUUCGCAUAUAAUAUACACAUAUGGAGAGUUAUAUGGUAUUUUGUGUGUUGUGCUGCUUUUCUUCAAUUGAAGUUUAUAAUUAUUAUUGAUGAGACAAGUUUUAUUUGCGUGAAA